UGGUGGGAAAUGUAGACGCGACGCGCGAAACCCCCUGCCGAUGCGUGUUCCGACUUGUUGCUUGACCAAGAUAGGCAAGUGCUGACGCACGCACAUGCAUACAAUCGAGCAGCAGGUAGCAAGCAAGAAUGAUGCAGGGUUUGGCCGCCGUCAGAAGAGAGAGUGUGUGUGCGUGCUGCAUGCAUGUGUAUGCGAGCUGCACAAGCAGCAGGGUGCAGUCACACUUUGCUAGCGCGUAACGUAAAGGUAGAGUUUGAACCUUGCUUUCCCGCAAGUCUGGUUCCUCCGGACUUGCCUCUUCGUGCCAGUCCGGCACUUGCAAGUAAUGAUCCCUCUGCGCUUUCAUGUACCCUAGCUCAAGACUAUGUACCCGGCCGUUCUCCCCAAGCUUGGGCUUUUGGAGAGGAUCGCUUCUUGCCUUCAUGCGCCGAAUUUGAGGAAAGGUCGACGAUUGAGAGUGUGGGAAAGCUCUCGUCCACCACCCAGACUCUCAUCGUGGCUGCAUGUUCUGCUGGCAGCAUCUUGCCCACCUUGCGUGAAGAUAUAUGGCAGCAAGUGGUACUUGCCCCUGAGCUGGCGCGGAUGCAGCUGCGCGAGUCCAUGCUCAAAUGCUCUGGUGGGCAACAUUGUCCACGCACAAUCGAGGCGGUAGCACGUCUCUACUCUUCCUGCACCUGCUCACAGCCGGUCAAUCGCCUUUGCUCUACAAGGAAGGAAGCUGCCAAGCACGCCCGGGCAUGAGACUCCGACUGAGUCUGAACGCCGCCUCCGCAGAGUGAACCGACUGGGAUUUCGAGAAAAAGGGGGAGCCUGAAUCCACCCCGCUUAAACUCCGCUUGGGACCAGCAUCGCGACACGCAAAGCGGCCACUCUUUCUCAAGGCACUUGGCCCCCAGACAAUCUGACUCGCGAGGACCCUCGGUCUCGCAUUGAAAUCUGUUCGAGCGUCAGCGUGAGGCGACGCAUGCGCCUCAUUGAAGAGGAUGGGCUAGCUGUGCGAUCUCCUACGAGGCAGACACGGCCUGGCAACGACACAGACUGUAGUAGUAGUGCAUGGGCAUACAGCGCACCUAUACGCGAUC